AUGUCCGUUAGUCUUAAGCUUCCGAGUAGCAAACUCCUCAGUCUUCCUAGUUUUGGUUCGACCUUGUUUUCGCAACUUGGUCGGAGCGUCAGGGAGACCUUUUGGAACGUGCCUAGUCUCGUAUUUGUGAUUUCCAGCAUUGGACACUUGGCUGGAUACAUUUCCAAACGUUUCACUGGCAUCAUAGUCGGCAUCGUCAGUGAGAAGCGCCAUCGUAAAGUUGAGAGUGGAGGUCCCAUGCCUUUAGAUGUAAAAUAUGUGGUCCUAACUAUCAGAUUGAUCCAUCGUGUCAUCGACUUAUUCCACAUCUGUUCGGCUCUCAGGAUAUCCUCCUCUCGUUACAAGAUCUCCACAAUGGAGGUGAACACCUUCUGUCUUGUGAUCUUUGUGAACCCGGAUAGUGCGCCAAAACUUACCGACAUUUUCGUCCUUGCCAGUCCAAUGUCUUAG